UUAUUUAUUUCAAGUCUUAAGAGGACAAAGAAUCUAGUAAAAUAUUUUAUGGCAACUAAAUCAAUCAUCACAACUGUGAAUAUAUAUACAACAAACAACAACACAACUUGACAAAGGGUACAAAUAUAUUAUAAGGAUUGGUGGAUUAAACAAAUUACUUCUAAUAUGUGUAUAUAUAUAUAUAUUUUUAAACAGAUGCCAGAUAUAUAGUCUUCAGUUCUCAAAAAGGAACAAGUUUAACACUUUUGGUUGAAAGUAAAUUGCUGCUGCUCAACUUUCUCCAUUAUGGGUUCUAACGAUGCACAUAUGUUUGAAGAAGCCAAACUUUUCCUUGCAAAUUAUAAAGAUGUUGGGAAGCCCAAUAAAAGUAGGGCUCCAGUGGUCAACAGCUUCUCCUAUUUCAUAUUUCCAAGUAUUCCUCAUAAUGCCUGUGAUGAAAUUGAGCCUGGUCUAUGGCUUGGUAAUGGAGAUUUGGCCAAAAAACUGGAUGCCCUAAAAGACAUGAAAGUAACGCAUGUAGUGAAUGCUUGUAUGGGUAACAAGCUGAACCAAGUAGACACUAAUGCAGACUACUAUCAAGCAGCAAACAUUCAUUUCUAUGGCAUACCAGCAGUCGAUCUGUCAUCCUUUAACAUAAUACCUUUCCUUCGACCAGCAGCAGACUAUAUAGAACAAGCUUUAGCCAACAAAGGUAUAGUUCUGGUCCAUUGUCAACUCGGGAUAUCCAGGUCAGCCAGCCUAGUCAUAGCAUACCUCAUGCUCAAAAGGAACAUGGACUUUAAAAAUGCUGUGCAAUAUGUUAGGCAGAGACGAGAGAUCUUCCCUAACGAUGGCUUCUUGAAACAGUUAAUCCUCCUGAAUAGAGAAAUUGUAGCCUCUAAAGUCGUUUCUCAAGAGAAACCGGCUUUCAUUGAUUAAUUAUGGUCUGGCUGUAGAAAUACAAAGUUACAAGGUUUAUUUAUUGGUACAACUAUUUUUGAAAGACAUUAAAGUUUUACUUUGUAAACUAGGAUAUGAAGCAGGACAGUUUUUUUUUUAUUUGAACAAAUAUUUUUUCUAUAGACAUUAAGUAACACUUUCAAAACUAGGACAAUAACUAUGCAAACAGAAAAAUUGAAGAGCACCAGAACUGUUUUUUGUUUUUUGGUUCCAAAAAUAAAAUGUCUUGUUUAAAGAGAAGAUUUGCAUUUGUUUAGAGAGCUGAAUACUGCAUUCCAAUAAUCCUACUCCUAACUUCUAAUAAUUUCAGGUUUACAUUCUUUAUCACAUGUAUGCAAACUAUUCUGGUCAAUUCAUAAUUGUUUGAUGACCUACUUAAAAGCUUGUUAAAUUGUUUUGGGAAAUUCAAUACUGCAUGUAUAAUAAAGCUUUAUCUUUUUAGAUGAGGGGAGUUUGGUUGUUAAUUAUCGCUGAAUGACAAUAAUAUAUUUUUUUUAUGUGGAUACAUAUUACAUAAUUGUACAAGAGUUUUUUGCUUAUAAUUAUAUCUUCAAUAGAGUGUGAUUUUUAUUUUGAACACACUAUUUUUUUUUUCUUAAUAACAACCAUCUCUUGCAUUUGAGUGACAUAAUAGCAAAAUGGAAAAAAAAAAUAGAACUAAUACAAAGCAAACUGAAUUAGAUCUAAACUGUUCAUGCCCCAAAUGUAAUCAGAUUUACAAUGAAAUAAAUUGAACUCUACAGCCCUCUCAUCAAGAAUGAGGGUUUUUCCUUAGCGCUCAUCACAAAGAUAAAGAUUUGACAUCUGAUCACGUCUUGGCAAAGACAUCUCUCCUAUCUAGGCACUUUUUCAACUUUUCACUCCAAAAAUCAUCAAAUAUUUUCUUUUUCUCAUAGCCACAUUUUAACACACAGUCUCUUUGUAAGUACAGGAGUAAAUCUUUUUUUUUUUUUCUUUUGUUCUUUUAAAAGUGGAAAGAAAUAAUAUCAGUUGGUUGUUGACUGCUGUUCAUUAUCAAAGUCACAUCUAGUGAUGUUAUGUUCUGUUGAAUACCUGAUUUCAUAAUGAUUAAUUUUACCUCAUAAUGCAUAUAGUUAUAAAUGGUUUCUUAGUCUGUUGUCAGUCUUAUGGUUUUCAUCUCUUGUCAAGUUACAGUCCAGAUAAUGUGUUAAUUCUCAUGAAUUCCAUGAAGACCAAUCACAAAAUCAUCAAUUGAUAUUCUGAAUUCUCCCAAAUAAUGAUACAAAUCUAAUAAGGCUUUGAAUUGAAUGUUUUUUACAAAUUUUUUAAAAAAAUGUUUUAACUGUUAUGGCCUAACUAAAGGCUUGUUCAAUUUAACCAUUCUUUAUAAAUUAAAAAAAAAAUGAAAAUUGAUCUUGCAAACUAACUUCACUAUUAUUCCAAAGACCAUCUUUGUUUUUUUUUUGCUUAAUCUGUUUAAAAACAUAGUUUUUUAUGUGUAAAGGCUCUAUUUAAUGACUCAAAAUUUUGGUUAGAAAAAAAUGUAGACAAUUUAAAUUUAGAAUUAAUUUUAAAAAAAAUAUUUUUAAUACAUGUUGUGUCAAAUGCUUAAAUUACUUUUUGACAUGAUUGAAAUGAUCGUGCAAACUAACUCUAUAAUUUUUUUUUGGGGGGGGGGGGGGGUGACAAAUAUUUGAGCGUGUGCUGCAGCACAUUGACUUUGUAGGUAAUGAACAUUUACAAAGGAGAGCUGUUGAAAAGAAAGGAGUGAGAAUAACAUAUAAUAUCCCUCUUUACCCAAACUGUCAAUGUUCUCCAUUGUUGAAAGUUUUUUUUCUUUUUUUUUUUU